AUGCGGCCUGUUUCGAAGGGCCAGGCUCAUCCAUACCGGCGGCGCCAGACGCACUUGGAGAUCCGGGUGCGUGAGAUGACAGACGAGAUGAUGGCCGUGGCCCGAAAAUACAUGAUCUGUGUACGAGACAUGGCAUGCAGUGCAUUGCACAUGAAAUUUCCAGUGCUUGGAGGCACUGCGCUUCUCCCUUAUGGUGCUCUGGCUGCCAUCGCUCUCACGCUCUGCGUGAUAGGAAGGCUGAGUGAUGGCGGAAGACUCUUGGCAGCCCGACCAGACCAGGUCUUCGUGCCCUCGCCAGACAGAGUGCGCUCGAUUCGCUGUGUCGUGGGACGCGCCAAAGUGUCGCGCAAGGCACAAGAGAAAGAGGUAGGUGAAGGAGAGGAGGAGGACGAGGAGGAGGACGAGGAGGAGGAAGACGACGAUCUAGAUGAGAUCCUUAUGGACACCGAUGAGGACGAUGAUGACUUCGAGGCCCGUGCAGUUCGGUAG